AUGUUUCUACAAUUUUUUGGUGACAAAAAAUAUGCCUUAUGGGCAUAUUUAGGAUGGUUUCUAAUCUUAUGUUUAGCUAUUUUUGAGUGUUUCUUUGACACUCACUCUAGCUACCUUAUGGAGUACUAUGCAAAUUGUAUGCAGAGUCUUUUAAAUCCUACUCCUGGAGGUUACAAAGCUACUGUAAACGACUUCUUCCAGUUUAUUUAUGGUUUUUUAUGGAUUGAAAUAGCAGGAGUUUCAUUAUGUAAUGCUUGUAGAGCAAUUUUGGGAAACUUUAUUGCAUUUAAAUGGAGAACAGCUCUAAACAAUUACUAUCUGAAGAAAUGGGAACACCUUAAGAUCAUUGAAGGUGCUUCCCAGAGAAUUCAAGAAGAUUGUCAAAAGUUUGCUGUAAUUUUAGAAACUAUUGCUAUUGAAAUGUUAUACUGGUUUUGCAAGGCAUUUGCUUUUUACCGACUUGUUGUUAAGUAUGGUAAAAUGUUAUCUUUUGUACCAUUCUUUGGAUCUCACUCUCACUCCUUGUUAUUUGCUGCUUUAAGCUUUGAUUUAAUAUGUUUUAUUCCAUUAAUUAUUUCAGGAAUUAAGCUUCCAAGCAUUGAAUAUGAGAACCAAGUACUUGAAGCAUCUUAUAGGAAAAAGUUAAUUUAUUCAGAAGGAGUUUCUAUACAAGAUGAAGACCUUACAACAAUCAGGAAACUUUUCAUUGAAGUUAAAAAAAAUAGCUUUCAAAUGUAUAAGCACAUGAUGUUCGUUGAUUCUGCAUCUACUGCAACUAUUUUUUUCAGACAAUACUUUGUUGGCCUUUUUAUUAUUCCUUCUUACCUAAAAGGAGACAUAGAUUUUGGUAUAUAUACUGCUUCAGUGGCUGUUGUAAAUAAUAUGCUCAGAAUUCUUUCUUAUAUUCGACAGGAAUGGAGUAAUCUCAUUGAAUUACUUUCAAUCAAACAGAGACUUGACGGAUUUGAAAUCUAUUUAAAAGAACACAGUGAAACUCAGACAUUGGUUGGCAAUCAGGAGUAG